AUUUGGGUCCAAUUUGUGUAUAAAAGGGAGGCAACCUUUUCCUCUCCUCUUCAUCAACCAAAUCAUUUGAGAGAGAGAUGGGUUCCAUAGGUGGAGUUAACAAGCCCCAUGCAGUGUGUGUCCCAUAUCCAGCUCAAGGCCAUGUCAACCCAAUGCUAAAACUAGCAAAGCUACUCCAUCUUAGAGGCUUUCACAUAACCUUUGUCAACACAGAGUACAACCACAACCGUCUUCUGAGAUCCAGAGGCCCCAACUCCCUCGACGGCUUGCCGGACUUUCGCUUCAAAACCAUCCCUGACGGCCUCCCUCCUUGGGAUGCCGACUCCACCCAAGACAUCCCUUCUCUCUGUGAUUCCACCUCCAAGAAUUGCUUAGUUCCUUUCUCCAAUUUAAUCUCCAAGCUCAACCACCCGUCAUCAUCGCCCGAUGUACCGCCGGUGACGUGUAUAGUCUCCGAUGCGAGCAUGAGCUUCACUCUUGAUGCUGCUGAGGAGUUCGGUGUUCCUGAAGUCUUAUUUUGGACACCAAGUGCUUCUGGGGUUUUGGGUUAUUCUUACUACAAGCAUCUUGUUGAAAGAGAUCUUGUUCCUCUCAAAGAUGCGAGUUGCCUAACAAAUGGAUAUCUGGACACAACAAUUGAUUGGAUUCCUGGAAUGAACAACAUCCGAUUGAAAGAUCUUCCAACCUUCAUCCGAACCACGGGCAAUGACCCAAAUCACUUUAUGCUCAAUUUCCUCAUCCGCGAAAUAGAUCGAACUAAUAGAGCCUCUGCGAUCGUCAUCAACACAUUCCACGCGCUCGAACGCGCCGUCGUCGAUUCUCUCUCCUCCACCUUCAUUCCACCUCUCUACACCAUCGGACCACUACACCUAAUGCUCAACAACCAAAUCUCCGCUGACGAUAAAUUGAAAUCCAUAGGCUCCAAUCUCUGGAAAGAAGACCCCGAGUGCGUCGAUUGGCUCAAUUCCCAACAACCCAACUCCGUUGUGUACGUGAAUUUCGGUAGCAUCACUGUCAUGACCGCUCAACAACUCACUGAGUUCGCUUGGGGACUCGCCAAAAGCGAGAAGAACUUUUUGUGGAUAAUUCGACCCGACAUUGUUUCCGGCGACACUGCCAUUUUGCCACCGGAGUUCUUGCCGGAGACCAAAGACAGAGGGGUGUUAGCCAGUUGGUGCCCUCAAGAACAGGUCCUGAACCACCCUGCGAUUGGAGGGUUCUUGACUCAUAGUGGGUGGAAUUCGACGAUCGAAAGUGUUUCCGGCGGUGUUCCGAUUAUCUGUUGGCCGUUCUUCGCCGAACAGCAGACGAAUUGCUGGUACAGUCGUGGGGAAUGGGGAAUUGGUUUGGAGAUAGAUAGUGAUGUGAAGCGAGAAGAAGUGGAGAAGCUUGUGAGGGAGUUGAUGGAGGGUGAGAAGGGGAAGGAGAUGAAGAAGAAGGCCAUGGAGUGGAAGAAGGCGGCGGAGGAGGCCGCCAGAGCUGGUGGCUCAUCUUUCCUCAACUUUGACAAACUGGUCAGUGAGCUAGUGAAAUAAAUAAAAUACUAUUAUUAUGUCAUUUUAAUUUAUUAUUUUUUUUUUUGAUGAUUUUCAUAUUUAAAUAAAUUUUUUAAUCAUUGUAAUUUGUGAUGGAGUGAAUCUCAAUUCAUUAAUUUAUGGAGAUAUCUCAAGUUUAUUUGAA